UUGACAUGACAUGUUUGUGAUGAGGUGUGAAUUAUUGUGAAUCGCAUAUUAGAAAUGAAAUUAAGAAAAUCUACAGUAUAUUAAAGUUUUGUUAUGUUAUUUUUGUGCUAUUCAAAUAAUCAAAUUAGUAACAACAAUCACGAUAAAACCGUGCCCGUGUAAAAUUAAACAAAUGUCCUUAUCAAAACCGCGGAGCUAAGUCGACUCCAAAAACGGACGAAUGGAGUGAUAUCCUUAUAAAAUAACGAUGCAAACCAAUUUGAAAACUAAAGAGAUGUUCAUAGUAAGAGCUUUAGAGAAGAUACUGGCUGACAAGGACAUAAAAAGGUCCUAUCACAGCCAGUUGAAGAAAUCUUGCGAAGUCGCAUUAGAGGAAAUCAAAACUGAGCUAAAAAACGGUGGACAAUCAGAAACUGCUGAUAGUCCAACCUCAGGCACUCUUCCGCUACCCAAAAAUGAUUCUUCAAACAUCAUCACAGCAGAGAAAUACUUUCUACCAUUUGAGCUAGCAUGUCAGAGCAAAGCAUCUAGAAUUGUUGUUACCGCCCUAGACUGUCUACAAAAAUUAAUAGCCUAUGGACAUCUCACUGGAAACAUUCCUGAUUCAACAACCCCUCGAAAACUGUUAAUUGACAGAAUAGUUGAAACGAUUUGCAGUUGCUUCACUGGUCCUCAAACUGAUGAAGGGGUUCAACUUCAAAUAAUUAAAGCUCUUCUUACUGUUAUCACAAGUCAACAUGUCGAGGUUCAUGAAGGUACAGUGCUUCUUGCAGUCCGUACUUGUUACAACAUCUAUUUAGCAAGUAAAAAUCUCAUCAAUCAGACAACAGCCAGAGCCACCUUGACCCAAAUGCUGAACGUAAUAUUUACGAAAAUGGAAAAUCAAGCCCUUGAACCUGAAAAUAUCAGCCCUAGCACUGUAUCCGAGAUACAUAAAAUGCCCAAUGGUACUGUUGUCUCAGAUGAACCUCAAAACAAUCAAGCCAGCGAAGAGAUUAAGGAACCAGAUUCACCGCAGGCUGAACAAAUAGAUGAAGUAUUGGAAGCAAAGAUAAUUGCUAAGCAAAUAGUCGAUUCAGUUAUUGACAAUGCAAUAGACAUUGCCAUAAAGAAAACAGUUGAAGAGCAAAACAUUCCAGACAAUAAUGAAAAUCCUUCGGAUUCUCAAGACAGCUCUAGUGUUUCUCAUGAAAUAAAUGGUCAAGUAAAUUCCGAACCAUCAAUUACUCGAAUACCGUCACAAGAAAGCGUUGACGUAGCAUCUGAAAAUGACAAUUCAGUGACAGCAAAGUUCACUCAUGUCCUUCAAAAAGACGCUUUCUUGGUUUUCAGAGCGCUUUGCAAACUAUCUAUGAAGCCAUUGCCAGAAGGUACUCCUGAUCCUAAAUCCCAUGAAUUAAGAUCUAAAAUUUUAUCCCUCCAUUUACUACUUUCUAUAUUACAAAAUGCCGGUCCAGUAUUUAGAAAUAACGAGAUGUUUAUCACCGCUAUCAAGCAAUAUCUAUGUGUUGCGUUAUCUAAAAAUGGAGUUAGUUCUGUACCCGAAGUAUUUGAACUAUCACUUGCGAUAUUCCUUGCUCUUUUACAAAACUUCAAGGUCCAUUUAAAGAAGCAGGUUGAAGUCUUCUUCAAAGAAAUUUUCAUGAAUAUCUUGGAAACUUCGAGUUCGUCUUUUGAACAUAAAUGGAUGGUUAUUCAGGCUUUGACAAGGAUCUGUGGUGAUGCCCAAAGCGUUGUAGAUAUCUACGUAAAUUACGACUGUGAUUUAUCAGCGGCAAACCUGUUCCAACGACUAGUAAACGAUGUUUCGAAAAUUGCUCAAGGUCGUCAGGCUCUGGAACUGGGAGCAACCCCAAACCAAGAAAAGUCCAUGAGGAUAAGAGGACUUGAAUGUUUAGUAUCCAUUCUAAAAUGCAUGGUGGAAUGGAGCAAAGAACUUUAUAUAAAUCCGAACUUACAGACAACAUUAGGCGAAAGAACUGUUAAAGAAGAAACAGAUCAUCAUAGUAUUAAGUCCCAUGGAGGUUCAAGCCUUAGCUUAGUAUCAACAGGAUCGAGUAAUAUAGGAAACAGAGAAACUUUAGAUUCGCCAGAACAGUUUGAAGUAUUGAAACAACAGAAAGAAGUAUGGGAGACCGGGAUCGAUCUUUUCAAUAGAAAACCUAAAAAAGGUGUUGCAUUUUUACAAGAACAAGGCUUACUGGGCACUUCUACUAAAGAAAUUGCCGAGUGGCUCCUUACGGACGAAAGACUAGACAAAACAUUUAUCGGCGAGUACUUAGGAGAAAAUGACGAUCAUUCCAAAGAAGUUAUGUAUUCAUAUGUUGAUUCAAUGGAAUUCACCAACAUGGAUAUUGUAGCCGCAUUGAGACAUUUCUUAGAAGGGUUCCGAUUACCCGGAGAAGCACAGAAGAUUGAUCGCUUGAUGGAGAAGUUCGCGUCACGCUAUUGCGAAUGUAAUCCUACAAAUACGCUAUUUAUGAGUGCAGACACAGUAUACGUAUUAGCAUUUUCCAUAAUUAUGCUAACUACCGAUUUGCAUUCGCCUCAAGUUAAAAAUAAGAUGACAAAGGAACAAUACAUUAAACUGAACAGUGGCAUAAGUGAUAACAAUGAUUUACCUCGUGAAUAUUUAUCGCAGAUCUAUGACGAAAUAGCCGGACACGAAAUAAAAAUGAAAAACACAUCGAAGCCUGGGAAACACAUGAUCGCCAACGAAAAGAAACGUAAAUUCAUUUGGAACAUGGAAAUGGAACAGAUCUCAACAGCCGCAAAGAAUUUAAUGGAAUCUGUUUCGCACGUUCAAACUCCAUUCACCACCGCGAAACACGUCGAGCACGUUCGUCCAAUGUUUAAAAUGGCUUGGACUCCAUUCUUGGCGGCUUUCUCGGUGGGCCUUCAAGAUUGCGAUGACCCUGAAAUCGCUGCAUUAUGCUUAGAUGGCAUUAGAUGUGCUAUUAGGAUCGCAUGUAUAUUCCAUAUGAGCCUAGAAAGAGACGCAUACGUACAAGCUCUCGCACGUUUUACGCUGCUCACUGCUAACUCUCCGAUCACAGAGAUGAAGGCUAAAAACAUCGACACAAUAAAAACUCUGAUAACGGUCGCUCACACCGACGGCAACUAUUUGGGCUCGAGCUGGCUCGAUGUAGUGAAAUGCAUUUCACAAUUAGAAUUAGCUCAGCUCAUAGGAACUGGAGUGCGGCCUCAAUUCCUAUCUGGUUCCGGUAUAAAACCACAACCCGAUUCUUUGAAAUUCAGCUUGAUUGCUUUAGACCCGAGUGUCAAAGAACAUAUCGGUGAAACAAGCUCACAGAGUGUAGUAGUCGCCGUCGACAGAAUAUUCACCGGUUCCACCAGACUCGAUGGUGACGCAAUUGUCGAUUUCGUGAAAGCAUUGUGUCAGGUAUCGCUUGAUGAACUGAGCCACCCCAAUAACCCUCGCAUGUUUUCGUUGCAAAAAAUAGUUGAAAUUUCCUAUUACAACAUGGGCCGCAUCAGACUGCAGUGGUCUCGAAUAUGGCAAGUUCUCGGUGACCAUUUCAAUAAAGUCGGUUGCAGUAGUAACGAAGAUAUCGCAUUUUUCGCUGUGGAUUCCUUAAGACAAUUAUCCAUGAAAUUUAUAGAGAAAGGAGAGUUUGCCAAUUUCAAGUUUCAGAAAGACUUUCUAAGACCUUUUGAGCACAUAAUGAAAAAAAAUAGCUCACCAACUAUAAGAGAUAUGGUAGUAAGAUGUAUUGCUCAGAUGGUGAACUCGCAAGCGCCUAAUAUCAAAUCAGGCUGGAAGAAUAUUUUCUCCGUGUUUCACUUAGCAGCAGGCGAUCAGGACGAAGCAAUUGUUGAUCUGGCAUUCCAGACAACCGGAAAAAUUAUAUCUGAAUUGUAUGAAAAACAAUUCUCAGCUAUGAUCGAUUCGUUUCAAGAUGCUGUAAAAUGUUUAUCGGAAUUUGCCUGUAAUGCAAAGUUCCCAGACACAUCUAUGGAAGCUAUAAGGCUCGUGCGAUCCUGUGCUACAGCGGUUGGUACAUCGCCGCAGCUCUUUGCAGAACACGCGGGACUAGAGGGCGAACCUGGCGCUCCGGAAGAAGAUAGAGUGUGGCUAAGGGGUUGGUUUCCUCUUCUAUUUUCGUUGUCAUGCGUCGUCAGCCGUUGCAAACUCGACGUCCGCACUCGUGGACUCACAGUCCUAUUUGAAAUUAUUAAAACUCACGGCGAUUCAUUCCGUCCUCAUUGGUGGAGAGAUCUCUUUAAUAUACUUUUCAGAAUAUUUGACAAUAUGAAAUUACCUGAACAUCAAUUGGAAAAAAACGAAUGGAUGACUACAACAUGCAACCACGCGCUGUACGCAAUCGUAGAUGUUUUCACGCAGUAUUUUGACAUUCUUGGUUCUCUGUUGCUUGAACAAUUGUACGCCCAGUUACAUUGGUGCGUACAGCAAGACAACGAACAACUAGCGCGCUCUGGCACCAAUUGCUUGGAAAAUCUAGUCAUAUCCAACGGAAGUAAGUUCAACGAAGAUACCUGGAGCAAGACGUGCCAGAUAAUGUUAGACAUAUUCAACAGUACUUUACCGACAACCUUGUUGACUUGGAAACCGGAUGAAAGUGACGACAAUGAAACACCUCACGUUCGUCACGGCAUCCUGAAGAAGCCGCAAGUAGGUGACGAGGUAAAGUCUUCCAAUCGCGUCUUCAACAGUUUGUUGAUCAAAUGCGUCGUGCAACUCGAAUUAAUUCAAACAAUAGACAAUAUCGUUUUCUUUCCCGCCACGUCGAGGAAAGAAGACGCCGAAACGUUGGCUCUGGCCGCGGCCGAGUUGACUGGUAACGCCCCCGGGGCGGAGCAGGAAUGCCAGCGGGAGGAGCAAGGCAUGUACAGGCUGCUGAGCUCGCCACAUCUGUUGCGCCUCGUGGAGUGUCUGAUGUGCAGUCACCGAUUUGCAAAAACCUUCAACACCAACAACGCGCAACGUAAUGUCCUUUGGAAAGCUAAUUUUAAAGGUUCCGUUAAACCUAACAUGCUGAAACAAGAGACUCAGUCGUUAGCAUGCGUUCUGCGAAUACUGCUUAAGAUGUACGGAGAUGAGUCACGCCAAGAUCACUGGCCGGCGGUACAGAAGAGCCUCAUCACCAUAUGCUGCGAGGCUCUCGAGUACUUCGCAGGGGUAACGAGCGAAGCGCACAGAGAUGCUUGGACUUCCAUUCUGUUGUUGAUCCUCACUAGAAUACUUAAGAUGCCGGACGAAAGAUUCGCGGCGCACGUGUCCAGCUACUACCCGCUGCUGUGCGAGAUCACGUGCUUCGACUUGAAGCCCGAACUGCGCUCGGUUCUCCGCAGAGUAUUCAUUAGGAUCGGACCGGUCUUCAGAAUCAUCCCCACACAAUGAGCGCUACUAAUUAACUCGACAAGAUGGCCUUAUAGUUUAGUGUAAUAAAGUAUGACUUGAUGUUAUUAUUAUUAUUAUGUAGUUAAUUAAAACAAUACAUUUCGUUAUUUCAAUAAAAUUUAAUGUUAUAUUGACAGCAAAACGUACUUCAGUAGUAUUAAAAGUGAUCUAUUGUAAUUAUAGGGCGUAUUGUAGUAAUCUUAUUCUUUAAUUUACAAAAUAUAUUAACUGUUUGAUUUGUCAAAAGUAUAAAAAAAAUGUAUAAUAAUAAAACAAGUUGUAUCUAUAAUUUAUUGUUUGUUCUGUAUAUUUGAAAGUUUUAAAUUUUUACGAGCUGAAUUCACUCUGGAUUGCUUUGAUUUAUUUUUACGCUAGACUGAUGAGACUGUGAUCGCGAUAUAUUCACCGCUUUCUCCAUUUAUAUAUUUGUUGAGUGACUUCGGAACUCGUUUCAAACUGAUUAUUAAUUGCAUAAAUAAAUAAAUAAAAUAA